AUGGGGGUGGUUCAGCAGACUCAACAAGUGGCUAAUGAUGGAGGUAUUGAUAAUGGAGGAAUUUUUGUUGAUGAGAGGUUGAAUUUAAAUGAGGCUCAAGAGGUGAAUCAGGGUGAUCAAAUUCCCCAGGUGGUAGAUGAGGAUAGAGAGGGUGAAGCAGAAGUGAUGGAACACAAUGAUAUUGGAGGAGCUUGGAUUAGAAUAGAGGGUGAAGAUGUGGAAAUUGAUCUAGCAAACUUGGUGAAUGUAACUACUCCAGAUGCAAGUGGAAGUAUGGAGUCUUUGGGAAUUGCAGCUGCACCUUCAUCAGUUGGAUUCUAUCGGCAUUACAACCUUCCCAGCUGGAUUCUGCCAGCUAGAUUUUUAAGUAUAAUUUUUGCUUUAAGUCCAUUAUGCUUUUUCAGCUGGGCUCUUUAUUUGGCCCACAAGGACACUGCAGCAGUACAGUCCAAUUCAGGCUUUAUCAUACAGGCAGACAGCUCAGAGUCCUAUGAGAUGAAUUCUAGUCAGUUUUGACUACUGCUAGGAGACCAGGCAAUUUAGAGUCCAACAAAAUUGAGGCUUGUGGCAUUGACUUAGCUUGGCCAUUUUAUCAAUAGUCUCUCCGUCUGUUGAUAGGACUCCAGCGAAGGACAAACUCCUAUCCAGAAUUUCAAGGCAGUUACAUAUUUUUUUAGUAACUUAGGAUAAGUUUAAAUUCUUUUGAGCUUGUCCUAAUCAUUGCAGGCCAUUAUCUUUAGUUUAGUUUUAAGAAUUUUUUUCUCUUCUUUAAUUUUAAAAUGCAUUAUGA